CAGUGACAGCAGCAACACUCGACGGCGGCGCGGGCCUGCCUUCUUCCCUUCCACGGAUGGCGAGGGCGAGGCUGCCGGCGGGCCGUCGGGGCGGAGGAGGAGGAAGAGCAGGAGGAGGAGGCGGCAGAGGCGCGUCCCUGGCGGGGAGCCAUGCGUCGGGGCCCCGCUAGGCCUCCGCGGAGCCCAGGCCUUCUCUGAGGGGCAGCCAUGGCGUCGUCGUCGUCGUCGUCGUCCCCGCCGCGGGCCACGGAGGUCAGCUGCGACGCGCGCGGGCAGAGCAGCUCCGUGGCGGUGCGCAUCCCCAAAGGAGGAGGCGGAGGCAAGGCCCGGAGGAAGGGCAAAGGAGGAGGCGUUGGCGGAGGAGGGGGCUUCGGCCUAGGCUUGGGCCUGGGCCUGGGCUCCCACAGGAGAGCGCGCCAUCUGCCUCAGCUCUUCGAGCGGGCCUCGCGCCGCUGGUGGAGCCCGCAGUUCGACUCUGGCAACUUGGAGGAGGCCUGCCUGGAGCGGUGCUUCCCCCAGACGAGGCGGCGCUUCCGAGGAGGGCUGGCUUACCUGGGCCUGGCGGGGUUGCUGUGGGGGGCGCGUGGGCUGGGCCUGGCUGUGGCCCUCCUCCCGGGGCCCGGCGCCUCCCUGCUGACCCUUCUGCCAGGCCUGCUCCUCCUGCUCCUGGCUCUAGCCUGCCUGGCGGGCCUCGCUUUCACCUUCUCGGGAGCCUACGCCCGGCGCCCAGGGGCGACCGCCUUGGUGCUGACACUGCUGGCCUUCACCUUGACGCUGGCCCCUCUGCUGCAUGUCCUGGAGGGCCCCCCAAGGGCCAACACCAGCCAGGCCGCCUGGUCCUCGCCCUCGCCUUCCAUCUCCCCAGUGGGGUCCUUCUCGCUAUGCGUGGCGGUGCUGCUGCUGCUCUAUGGUGUCAUGCACCUGCCCCUCUACCUGAGCCUCCUCCUGGGCCUGGCGUAUUCGCUGCUCUUUGAGACGCUGUCCUUCUGCUCCCGCCCGGCCCCCUGGGGGGAGGUGUUGGGCAAGGCCCUGCUGCACCUCUGCCUCCACGCCACUGGGGUCCACCUCUUUGUCAUGUCUGAAGUGCGCUCCCGCAGCACCUUCCUCAAGGUGGGCCAGGCCAUCAUGCACGGCAAAGACCUGGAGGUGGAGAAGGCCCUCAAGGAGCGCAUGAUUCACUCCGUCAUGCCCCGCGUCAUUGCCGACGACCUCAUGAAGCCUGGUGAAGAGGACGCUGGCGGGGGAGAGGCCUCGGCCAAGCAGCGGCCCUCUUCCGCCGCCGCCGCCGCUGCCAGCCCCAAAGGCCGCAAGAAGAAACCCUCCCUGCCCAAGAGCCCCAUCGUCUUCCGUCCCUUCAAGAUGCAGCAGAUCGAGCCUGUCAGCAUCCUCUUUGCCGACAUCGUGGGCUUCACCAAGAUGAGCGCCAACAAGUCCGCUCACGCCUUAGUGGGCCUCCUCAACGACCUCUUUGGUCGCUUCGACCGUCUCUGUGAGGAGGCCAAAUGUGAGAAGAUCAGCACCCUGGGCGACUGCUACUACUGUGUGGCCGGCUGUCCCGAGCCCCGUCCUGACCACGCCGCCUGCUGCGUCACCAUGGGCCUGGGCAUGAUCCGGGCCAUCGAGCAGUUCUGCCAGGAGAAGAAAGAGACCGUCAACAUGCGGGUGGGCGUCCACACUGGCACCGUCCUCUGUGGCAUCCUGGGCAUGCGUCGCUUCAAGUUCGACGUCUGGUCCAACGAUGUCAACCUGGCCAACCUUAUGGAGCAGCUGGGGGUGGCCGGGAAGGUCCACGUCUCGGAGGCCACCGCCAGGUACCUGGACGACCGCUACGAGAUGGAAGACGGGCGGGUGGUGGAGCGCGUGGGACAGAGCGUGGUUGCCGACCAGCUCAAAGGUUUAAAGACAUACCUGAUCUCUGGCUUGAAGGCGAAGGAGCCCCACUGCAACUGCUCCCAGGCUCUGCUCCCAGGCCUGGAGGCUGGAGACAGGAGCAAGAUGCCUGGAGCCUCAUCUGUAGAGAACGUGGGCGAUUUGGCAAAGGGCUUCAGGCCACCAGAGAAAAGCAAGACGUGCCCUUCCUGCAGCAUCGCAUUGCCCCCCUCCUGUGCUGCGAGUGCAGAAGAAGGCGCUGUCCAAAAUGGAGGCCAGGAUGAACAUAAGCACGGUGCAAAGGGCCCUGGCGGGUGCAGCCCUAAAUCCCUGAACGGCUUGCUGAGUCCUCCUCCGGAGGAGAAGCUGAGCAACAGCCAGACCUCGCUGUAUGAGAUGCUGCAGGAGAAGGGCAGGUGGAUGGGUGGGAGCCUGGACAACUCGCCCCUGCUGCCCUUGCGCUUCAAGAACAUCCGGGAGAAGACUGAUGCCCACUUUGUGGAUGUGAUUAAAGAGGACAGCUUGAUGAAAGACUAUUUUUUUAAACCGCCCAUCAACAAGCUGAGCCUGAACUUCCUCGACCAGGAAUUGGAGAUGACCUACAGAAGCAGCUACCAGGAAGAGGUGAUGAAGAACGUCCCCGUGAAGACCUUUGCCAGCGCCACCUUCAGCUCCCUCCUGGACGUGUUCCUCUCUGCCACUGUCUUCCUGAUCCUUUCAACGGCCUGCUUCCUGAAACACGGAUUGACCGGCUCCCCUCCGCUACCUGCAGCCGUGGUUGUGGCCGUGGUAGCCCUCUUGCUUGAGGUGCUGUCCCUUGUCGUCUCCAUCAGAAUGGCCUUCUCCCUGGAGGAUGUCAUGGCCUGUACCAAACGGCUGAUGGAGGCGAUCGCCGGCUGGCUGCCGCGACACUUUGUUGGCGCCAUUUUGAUCUCACUCCCAGCUCUUGCUGUCUUCUCACACUUCACCUCUGAAUUUGAAACCGACAUCUACACCACCAUGUUUAUGUCUUCUGCGAUCCUCAUCACUAUCGUCCAGUACUGCAACUUCUGCCAGCUCAGCUCCUGGAUGCGGUCCUCACUGGCCACUCUGGUGGGCGUAGUCCUGCUGGUCUUGCUCUACGUGCCUCUGUGUCCGGGCAGCUCCAUGACAGCCUUUAACUCGACCCAGGACUUUGGUGCUGCACAGGGCGCCUGCAACAGGUCAUCUGAGGAGGGUCCUCUGCGGAGGCCGGCUGACCUGAUCGGGCAGGAAGUUAUCCUGGGGCUCUUCCUCCUACUCCUCCUGGUCUGGUUCCUGAAUCGGGAGUUCGAGAUCAGCUACCGGCUGCAUUACCAUGGCGACGUAGAGGCUGACCUGCACCGCACCAAGAUUCAGAGCAUGCGGGACCAGGCCGACUGGCUCCUGCGCAACAUCAUCCCAUACCAUGUAGCGGAACAGCUGAAGGUCUCACAGAGCUACUCCAAGAACCACGACAGUGGGGGCGUGAUCUUCGCCAGCAUCGUCAACUUUGGGGAGUUCUACGAGGAGAACUAUGAAGGCGGCAAGGAGUGCUACCGUGUCCUGAACGAGCUGAUUGGGGAUUUCGAUGAGCUGUUGAGCCGGGAGGAGUUUGCCAGUGUGGAGAAGAUCAAGACUAUUGGGGCCACCUACAUGGCUGCCUCGGGGCUGAAUGCACCUCAAGGCCAGGACGCGCGCGGGCCCCAGGCCCACCUGCAGACCCUCUUUGAGUUCGCCAGGGAGAUGAUGCGGGUGGUGGACGACUUCAACAGCAACAUGCUUUGGUUCAACUUCAAGCUGCGUGUGGGCUUCAAUCACGGGCCCCUGACGGCUGGCGUCAUUGGCACCACCAAGCUGCUCUAUGACAUCUGGGGUGACACGGUCAACAUUGCCAGCCGCAUGGACACCACGGGGGUGGAGUGCCGCAUCCAGGUCAGCGAGGAGAGCUACCGCAUCCUCCACAAAAUGGGCUAUGAUUUCGACUACCGGGGGACGGUCAACGUCAAGGGCAAGGGGCAGAUGAAGACCUACCUCUUCCCCAAGUGCAUGGACAAUGGGGUGGUCCCCCACCACCAGCUCUCCAUCUCCCCAGAUAUCCGAGUGCAAGUGGAUGGCAGCAUCGGGCGCUCCCCCACUGACGAGCUCUCUGGCCUAGUGCCCUCAGUGCCGAAUGCAGACAGGGCACUCCAUGCGGUGGAGGGCAGGGAGGGGCCGACGGGCCUCCGGAAGGGCCACCCCAAGGAGCCAGUGAAGCCCGAUGGCCGGCCCUGGCUUGGCAAGGGUGGUGAUGAGGAGAAGGGUGGCAGUGGAUGCCAGGAGGGGGACAACGAUGGGCCCCCCGAGGAGGAGGAGGAGGCCAACGAACUGACCAAACUGAACAGCUCCAGGAGUGUCUGAUGCCCAGAGGAGGGGUGUCCAGGGCUCCGUCUGUAGGGCACAAGGGCAGCACUCCUGGGGGGCUGCAUUCUGCUCCCCUUUGGGAGGUGGGGACCGGCUGCUCUUGGCUUUGGGAUGAAGCUAGCAGGGUUCUGGACCCUUGGAAGAGAGGAGACAUCAAGUGCCUUCCGACAGACUCUGCUGCUGGACUCUGGCCAUAGAGGCACAAGUUGCACCACUGGCGGGGCGCCUGGAUCUAUACCUCCAAGGGACAUGCCAUGGUCGUUUUGAUCUCUUUCUCUUUUUUAAGCGUUUCUUACCAACACUACUCUUGUUUUUUGUUUCUGCUCUCGCAGCUCCUUUGUACGUAAACACAGGCAGAAAAAUGCACGUUUUCCUUCCUUCUGCGACACGAAAGAGCCAGAGAAAGAAGACAGGGCCUGGGACAGCCCAGUUGGGGAGGCAGCAAAGGGUUGCAUCCGGGGAGCUUUUAUAUUGGGGAAGGGGUCACCAGUCGCUGUCUGGAGGGACAGCCGGGCUCCUCUCUUUGCCAUAGCCAGACUAUCUUACCAUUGCAUGCUCCAAGGGCAGGAGAAUGGCCACCUGCUCCCUGCCCCAUGCAGGCCUCCCCUUAUCUGGGGGAAGUGGGCGGCACAUCUGGCAGGGCUGCAAGGAACAAGAGUGGGCUGGCCACAGCACCUCUAAGAUUCCUGAUGAAGUUAAUUGCUCUCCAUCCUGUCAGAGCAGAUUUGACAAAUAAUUAGGAACUGUCUCACUCCCCCCCCCCCCUUUCCUUUACUCCUCACCCUACCUAGAUUUUGAGAGAAUCACACAGAUCAUAGGGUGCUCCAGGAUUGGUGGCAAAGAGCAUGAAAGGCAGGCUUGUUUGCCACUUUCCAAGACAGAAAAAGGAGUGAGAACCCAAGUCAGGCCUUCCUGGGUCAACUAGGAGCCCCAGCGCUCUUGUUAUUGCCACACUCCCCUUUUGAAGAAGCCACGGCAGAGCGUGUGUCGGUGCCUUUGAGCCCAGACCUUAUUAUGCAAGUGCGUCCUGGGGGUUCUUGGCCAGAAAGGGCCUUUCCCCAGACCCCCUCCCCCAAGGCUUCCUCUGCCCCUCCUCCUGCAUGCCAUGCCACGCAUAUUUAUAGCGGUGAGGCUGCUGCCUUGAAGGCAUUGUAACAUAUGCAUCUGUCUCUGGGGAGGGGGACUCCACUUCCAUCCCAGGAGGCGGCAAUGGCCCCCACCAGGCAGGGCCCCUGGUCCUCCUUUGGGCAGAGAGGGCUGAGCACACGCUUCUCUGAGCGCAGGGACUGCAAGGCCACCACCGUCUUCUUUCCUCCUCCUUCAGUCUCCAGUACUGUACUAGCCUUCACUGUGGCUACAAUCCUAAGCACAUGGGCGAGGGGUAUGACUCCCUCCCGUGUAUCUGGCAGACGGACUUCUGAAUAAAGAUGUGCAGGAGA